GAAUUAUUUUCAUAUUAAUUUUUUUUAUUAUGCUUUCAAGUAAUUGCACGUUUCGCAUGAUUAAAGCAAAUGAUAUUGAGACCACCUUGCAGCAACAUACAAAUAUCAUGGAAAAUGCUCAAUCUGAAAAUAAAGAAGGUAGAUCAUUAUUCCCACGACUAGAAUAUACAAACGAGUGGACGCCAGUAGGAAGAGGUGAUCCAUUAAAAGAUCCUACUUAUGACUACAUGCCCCCUGUUCUUGAUAGAGUACGGUAUUGGGCAGAAGGAAUAUCACAUAAAAAUAAAAAUGAUGUUUUGUUGCUUGGUGUGCCAUCAAAAAAAGUUUCUUCGAUUAAUAAGAAAAAUAAUUAUGGCCCUAUCAAACGAACUUACUUCUCAAUGCCUUAUCAAAGUCAAUUUUCACCACCUGUUUAUAAUCAACAACCACAGCAACAACCAUAUAACUCACAGCGCAUAGCUUCUCAUCUUCGUAUGCCUAGUUCUCCAGAUUCACAUCCGAUGAUGUCAACACAUCACUAUCAUCAUAAUCAACAGUUAUAUCAAACUUCGGCUCAAUGGAAGAAUCCACAAAACGGAAAUGGAAAUAAUAACAUUUAUCAGAAUGAACAAAGCCUAGAAAAUUCAGUUCAUCAGCACAAACCAACAAUGACAACUACAUCUACAAAAUUUCCUCAAACAUUUCCUUUUUUACCGACUACACCACCUAAAGAAAUAUCAAUACCGGAGGUAUCCAAUUUUCGAGAUGUUUUACUACCUUCAACACAAUCGAUGUCUUUAAGUGCUUCAAAUUUAAAUUUUGCAUAUCAGAAUAUGAGCAGUAAAGAUACAGAAUCAACAACAGCAAGACCGAUGACAAUAACAAUAAAUGAACAAACUCCAUUUGGGAGUAGUACUUUGAUUAUGAAUAGUCAUGCCAUGUUGAGUAGUAGUAGUAGCAGCAAAAAAACCACAAAACCGCUACUGCACUCAAUAUUACAAACAGAAUCUGCAGUGCCAUUUAGUUUCACCAAGAAACCUUCAUCAGCAUAUCAGAUUGAAUAUACAUCGAAUAUUUAUAGUCCUGAAGCUAUAAAUUCGAUGGCUACCUCAUCAACAACAACGUUUGUGACACCAUCAACUAUACCACCAACAAAACCAUCUAUACAUCCAAUGUCUAUGAAAACGACAAACAAGAUGAUAAUAUCAACAUCAGAACGAGAUGAGCAAAAGCAUUAUGUGCAACCAGACAUGCAUGUUGGGUGGCCAGUCUAUAAUUUAAUUAUUGAAGGACAUUCGAAAGUGAAAACUUAUGGAUUGAAAAAUGAUGAUCCGCUUGCUCUUAGUAUGCCAAAAAUAAGACCUAUUCAAUCGAAAGAAAAUCCAAUUGUCGAGCAUGUCAUAAAAAAUAAUGAUGAUGGUCCUGAAUACAAGCUUCAGCAGAAACAAAAGCCCAAAAAGGAAUCGACAAUGGAAAGUUUACUUAGUAUUUUAGACGGUUCCUUUGGUAAUCUUUUAACAUUGAAUAGUCAAGAAGAAAGCAGAAAUCAGCAUAAAGGAAGCAGAAGGAAGGUUAGAAGCACAGCAGAUGAAGACAAUAUUGAUGUAAACAACAAGCAAGAACGUGUUGUCGGUGUUUCAUUUCAAGUUGAUGAACGACCACAAUUUUAUCGAAAAGGAACUGUUAUAUCGGAAAGUAUGUCACCAUUUAAAAAUUAUGCUGACAGACCCAGAUAGUCUUCCCCUCUUCUUAAUCCAGCUCUUUUUUUAACAAUAUUUUUUGUUUUUAUUAUUUAGUUUUUCUUACUGUUUUGAAACUCGACACUCUGGAGAUCUUUUUUUCUUCUCCUUCCUCAUUUUCAUCCAUUUGAAUUUUUUUUAUCAUGUUUUCUAGUUCUUUUAAAAAUGUUAAAUUUUUAUUAAGUGUCACACUUUAAAACUUUUCUAAAAAGUUUUAAUUCUUUUUUUUUGGUUCAUGAAAAGUCUUUUUCAUCAUUUUAUUUUUCGUUGUUUCAGUUUUUUCUGUCUGGAUAGUAAAAGUUUGCAUUUUCGUUGUAUUAGUGGUUAUAAGUUUUUAAAUCUUAUAACUUGAUAGUUUUUUAUAAGAUAGACAUAUCAAUCAAGGAAAUAGCUUUUAAAAAAUUAAAAUGAACUGCAUUAUGUAUGCAGUUUUUUAUAAUUAAAAUUUACUUAAUUUUUUUAUUGAGCCAGCAUCUUUACAGUAAGUCGUAAUUAAGUCGAGUAAUUGUCUAAACUUGGAACAGUAAAAGUGAAAAUGCUGAAAAAAUUUAAAACUAAAGACAAACUUUUCAAAUUUCGUACAAUCAAAAUAGUUUCAGGCGAUAUGGAUGUAUUUUUUUUUGAUCAUUAAGAAAGUCAUAAAAUGUCGAGA